GCUCUACCGUUCGGAAAAAAGCAAACAACACACGCCCCCAUGUCCUCUCGCCCCGCCCGCAUGACCUCGACCUUUCGCCCACUCCUCCUCCUCCCGCGUUGUUCCUCCCGCAGCCGGAGCCACCCGCCACACCCUUCGCUGCCGGAUCCGCCCUUCGCUGUGAGAGACGCCGCCGAGCCCGUCCGUCGCGCCCGAGCCGCCGCCGGAGCCGUCCUUCGCCGCAGGAGCCACCGCCGCCGAGCCCGUCCAUUGCGCCCGAGCCGUCGCCGAGCCCGUCCAUUGCGCCGGAGCCGCCCUACGCCGCGGGAGCCCCUUCGCCGGGAGUCCGAGGACGAAGAUGACAACGUCGACUACGAGGAGCAUCGGGAGGCCAGGCGGCGCCUGAUCCGCACUGUGCCGAUCGUUGACUGGUUCGAUGUCAAGAGCAACGAGGUCAAGACGACGUCUCCGAGGAAGUACUUCGUCCGGCCGAACGCGAGCAUCAUCCACCCGUGGGAUUCUUGCACGAUAACAAUUACCCUACAGUUACAGAAAGAGUACCCCACAAAUAUGCAAUCAAAGAAUAAAUUCUUGAUUCAGAGCACCAGGGUGGCUGCCAGCACCGACAUGGAUGAAACCCCCCCUGACACUUUCAACAAGGAGGCUGAUAAGGUGAUUGAGGAAAUGAAGCUCAAGGUUGUCUACACAUUGCCCAGUGGAAGCUCAGACGACUCUGGUGUCACAUGUUCAGCAAAUAGGAGCUUCAAGCAGGGCGACGACGAUCUCUCGAUGCUGAAGAAUGCAAGCAUUGAAGAGAUGACACUUCAAUCUUCUUUAUAUUCAAGUGCAGAAAGAUUUCAGGAUGUGUCCUCUUUUUUUUGUUGGCACUAUCGGGUCACGCCCUCUUGCAAUGCAAGAUUAUCCAUAUUUUGAAGUCAUUUUUAUGCUGAUGUCAUUAUAUUUUUUCAAAUAGAUAGAUGCCAUGAGUAAACACUUGUUGAGUUGCGGGCUGGUAUUGUUGAAUUAGAGGCUGCUACUGACUACCAAUAUUGUAAAGAUACUGACAUGAUGUGUUCCAUACUGAGAAUCACGAGAAGAUUUUUAUUGAGCUUGAGUGAGUAACUGUAUCUACUUAUUUUGUUAACCACCUUCGUAGUGUAUGCUAUAUUUAGGUUGUGGACUUAUUGAUCCCUUAGGGUUGCUUGUAAAUGCAUGUAGAAUAGAUUGCUAGGAGCAGUUCACUAAACAAUCUUGCAGAACGAAUUGCAUCUUAAUGUGACUUGACUGAGUACCAUUUUAGCUUGUAGUAUAUGUCAACACAUAUAGAUUCAUAGGGCUUGCAGAAAGCAUAUUAGAUCUGAGUAUGGGAUUAGCUUCAGCAUAUAGAGUAGCAAGGAGCGACAAAUGUUUACAGGGUAGAUAUCGUGCAUAGAAGAAACCUAAGGAGCAUGGUUACUAUCAUGUGCAAAAACUCUUUGAUUGAGAUAGCAACAGUAGCAAGGUGAAUUGCAAUGUAUGAAUAUAUUGUUGUUAGUCUAUUAGUUUGACUUUGUGUAGAUGGCAUGGUAUUUGGAAAGUAAAACUCUUUCCGCUUUUUUGCAGCAAGGCUGGUGUGGAUCAUAUCACUCUUAUUAGACUUAUUUUGUCGAUGAUAUUGAUGAAUCUGGAGGAGAUGCCCUUAGAUAUCAUCAAAUACUAUCGAAAAUAGCAAUUUGCAUGAUGUGGUGGGAUGGAGUACCGCCUUCUUGAUCUUUUAUGGUUUAUUCAUGUUGCUGAAGUGCAAACGUAUGAGUCAAGGGUGGUAGUGCCAUGUGCUUUUUUACACAUGUCAUUGUACUUGUGAUUUCCUGAAUAUUUUGUUAAAUAGUGAAGGAUAUUUUGGAACAAUGAUGUUUUCAAUUUUCAAGACACAUGAUAAGAGACCAACUGGUGAAACUGGGC